AUGACUCGGAGAGGGAACUUUCGCGCCAUUAUAAGUUUUAACCUUCAAAAACUUCUUGACAUUGCUGUUAAUGCUGCUGAUGAUGGCGCACAGAGCUGCUCUCCUUUUGACAAUGACAAUGGCAAGGAAGUGUUUGCAAAACUUCCAAACCCCAAUGCCGGUCCUGCCCGAUAUGUGACAGCAUCAGAAGUCGCCACAAGGGAAUUUCUCGGUGAAGUUGUAAACCUGCCAGUCCCUCGGGCUUUCGCAUGGUCGUGUGAUCCAGCGAACCCAGUUGGAGCCGAGUACAUUAUUGAGGAGAAAGCCCCUGGUACGAGGUUAGGGAGUAUAUGGCACCAGUGGCCUCGGGAAUCCAAACUGUGUGUGAUUGAGCAAAUUGCUGAUAUUGAACACGCACUUACAACUAUUAAAUUCUCCAAACAUGGCUGUCUUUAUUUCAAGGAGGAUUUACCAAAUUCCUUUCGAGAAGAGAAUGACACCCUGCUAGUUGAGCCAUCCGGGCAGUCAGCUUGCCUAGACCGGUACGCUAUCGGGCCUCUUUCAAGCGCGGACCUUUUGGUGUAG